CCUGGGUGUGACGCCUGGGGUAAAGUGACUCGCUGACUCGUUCCACAGGACAGUAGAGAAUGCUGAAUGACUACAUGUCUUUCUGAUGCCACACUGUUCCAGAAGAAGCUGAAGAUCAACACACAGCAGAGUGGAAAUGUUCAUCAUGGUGAAGUUCAUUCCACCACCCCAGUAGAGAACAGAGAAGAGUCUUGAUGUGUUCCUCCCUCUUACCCUGAGAGAUGGUGGGACCAGUGGGGCAGUGAUGGUAGAUCUGAGGGAGCGAGGUUCAGUGUGAGGAGGGAGAAGAGCUUUGAGAACUAUGCUGCAAGGUCCUGACUGACAGCAUCUGUACACAAUGGCCAGUGAAAAUCCUGAUACAAAUGCAGCACUACAGGCUUCAGGAGAGUCCACUUUAAAACAAGCAACCAAAAAAGCACAAAAACAAAUCGAUCAAUUAUUUAACAUCUCACUUCACAUUGCUGUAACUGGAGAAUCAGGAACAGGAAAGUCAUCUUUUAUCAAUGCGAUCAGAGAGCUGGACAGUGAUGAUGAAGGUGCAGCUAAAACUGGUGUAACUGAAACCACCACUGACCCAACACCUUACGAACAUCCCACAAUGCCCAAUGUGACACUUUGGGACCUGCCUGGAAUUGGAACCCCAAAGUUUAAGGCUCGGACAUACCUUAAAAAAAUGCAGUUCGAUAGGUACGAUUUCUUUAUCAUCAUCUCAUCUGAAAGAUUCAAAGAGAAUGACAUCAUGUUGGCCAAAGAGAUCAAAAGAAGAAAAAAGCUCUUUUACUUUGUGAGAUCUAAGAUAGACAAUGAUAUUCGAGCAGAAGAAACAAAAAAGAGCUUUAACAAAGAAGAAACACUCUCACAAAUCAAAAGAAACUGCCUGGAAAACCUGGAGGGAAUCGAAAAUCCAAAAGUUUUCCUUAUAUCCUCAGAGGAUAUUAAAGCAUUUGAUUUUGAAAAGCUUGUUGAAACCCUGAUGGUAGAUCUCCCACAGCAUAAACAGUACGCUCUCCUGCAGUCGGUGCCCAUCACCUCCGUGGCUAUGCUACAGAAAAAAGUGAAAAUGUUUGAGAAAGCAGCAUGGGCUGCAGCCCUCUGCUCUGGGGUCAUUGCAGUAGCUCCAGUUCCUGGACUCUCAGUGGUUUGUGAUGCCAGUAUUUUAGUGGCCUUCUUUACAAGGUGCUUCUACUCAUUUGGCCUUGAUGAUAAAUCACUUAAAAAACUCUCAGAACGAAUCAACAAGCCACAACUGGAGUCUUUCAUUAAAUCUCCUCUUGUUGUGGCAUUGACAGCAAAAUCCACUGCAAGACUGUCAGUGUCUGCUUUAGCUGGUGGAGCAGUGUUGGAGUAUCUGUGCAGCUUGGUGCCUGGUGUAGGAAAUGCUGCAGCCGCUGGGAUAUCUUUCGUUUGUACAUUAACGCUUUUGAAGAAUGGAUUGAAAGAGCUUGAAAAUGUAGCACUGAUGGUGCUGAAAGAGGCAGGAUUACAGUGACAAAAAGCACCGACAUGGAGGAGAAUAAGGGACUAUAAUCAGCUCAAUUUAUGGUGAUGCUCAUUUAUAAAUGGCUCAAAAACUCCUGGUUAAUCAACACCAUGACUACAGUAUAUAAAGCUGUAGGACAUGAUUUAUAAUCCCACUCUGUUUAUAAUGAUUUAUAAUCCCACUCUGUUUAUAAUGAUUUAUAAUCC